GGCAAUCACUGCUGAAGGAGGCUGGUCCAGGAAAGGACACUGCUGAUAGGCAGACUCCAUAGGAUGAAGUUUGGUGUACAUCCUUCUGGCUGAGAGACAAUGAAUUACAGGCUAUCAAGAAAGCACCAUGGCUGACAGCAAGGCCAAGCCUGCCAAAGCUGCCAACAGGACACCACCCAAGUCCCCAGGAGACCCAGCCAAGGACAAGGCUGCUAAGAGGCUGUCACUGGAGUCAGAGGGUACAAAUGAGGGGGCAGCUGCAGCCCCUGAACUCAGUGCCCUGGAGGAGGCCUUCCGGCGGUUUGCCGUACAUGGGGACACCAGGGCAACAGGGAAGGAGAUGCACGGCAAGAACUGGUCGAAACUGUGCAAGGACUGCCACGUGAUCGAUGGGAAGAAUGUGACUGUCACUGAUGUGGACAUUGUCUUCAGCAAGAUCAAAGGGAAGUCCUGCAGGACCAUCACCUUUGAGCAGUUCCAGGAGGCACUGGAGGAGCUGGCUAAGAAGCGGUUCAAGGACAAGAGCAGCGAGGAGGCUGUGCGUGAGGUGCACCGGCUCAUUGAGGGACGAGCGCCCGUCAUCUCCGGUGUCACGAAAGCUGUGUCCUCACCUACGGUGUCACGGCUCACAGACACAACCAAGUUCACAGGCUCCCACAAAGAGCGCUUUGACCAAUCAGGAAAGGGCAAGGGCAAAGCUGGCCGUGUGGACCUGGUGGAUGAGUCAGGUUAUGUGCCUGGCUACAAGCAUGCAGGCACCUAUGACCAGAAGGUGCAGGGGGGCAAGUAGCCUGACAGGCCGAAGCUCUGGACACUGCAGGUGCCAGGCACAGGACUUACACCCAUUGCACUUCAUUACAUUCCUAUGUUCAACUGGGCAGAACUCAAAAUGCACCUCCACUAGGCAAUGGUAGGGGCAAUGCCCAGGCCUCCUCCUGCUGGGUGCUUUGACACUUCUCUCUCAGACCCCAGGUUUGGGCCAUCAUUCAUUGUCCUUUCCUAACAUACCUGCUCUGUCCACAGCUGGGAAGUGGACUGCUACUUCCAAACUGUCUCCCAGAAUCAUACCACACUGGCCACUUGAUCUGCAGGUAAAAAGGGGUGUUAUGAGCGCUGGUAGGUAUAAGGAUGAGCAAAGCAGACAUCAGAACUCACUGACUUAUCCAGGCACUUCUAGGGCAGUAGGAGCUAAGGAACUAACCAACUGCAUAGAGUAAUUCAUCUUUCCUGACCACAGGACAAGACUGAGGCUAUCUGGUUGUUAUGCCAGUGUGUGUGUGUAACAGCUCACAUCAGUACACAUGUGUACACACAUACACACACACACACACACACACACACACACACACACGACUCAUGCUCAUCAACCAAGUCUGUGCUGAGGGUGGCCAAGAGACAAUGGAAGCCCCCUGGUUACCGGGGGAGUGACUUGGAGCAUGAAGCUGGAAGCUUUUUCAGUGCUGGUCUAAGAAAUGGCAAGACUAUGUACUUGGUCUCAAGAGUGGUCCAGGGAGAUCCAGAACAUGAAGCUGCCAUGACUUCUCCUUGCUCUAUCCCAUCACCAUGUUGGGACACACAUGAUGCUGAGACAUUCGAUCCAGACCAAGCCUGGGCAGUUACUCCACCAGUGUGAGAUGGGAGCUUCUGCCAGGGCAAGUUAUGCUGUGCUUUGCUCAAAAGUAUGUGUUUUCAGCUCUAUGAAGCCACUUCGGAGUUCAAUUUCCUAACUUUUCUCUCAAGUGCAAGUCCAGGACCCUGGACACCAGAACUAACCCCCUCCCCCCUCAAAAAAAGACUUGCAGCAUCUACUAGGGUUUCUUUUACUGCCAUAGGCGAGAACACAUGACUCAGCUUAUCCACGUGUAAGGGCACCACUUAGGCAGGCCCAAAGGCAUGAGCUGCCAUCAUUACAGCCCCACAGCAAUUGUUUCUUUGCAUGCAACUUGCUGGACUAUGUGUUCUUGUUCCUAGAAAGAACCUAGUGGUCUCAGGACAUGGCUCCCAGAGCAGGUGAUUGUUGAGGGUGGGACAUCUUACAUGCCCUGGCACAGCACAGGUAGACAGCAAAGCUGUCUUCCUCACUGCCAUAGCACACAGUAACAUUAUCUACUCCUCUGGGGCCCAGAGAGCAUAUCUUCACUGCAGCAUGAGGGAAGACUGCCUACUAGCCUGAGAGAGAAAAGCAGGGGCCUCAAUACCAGACCUCCUCCCACAAGGCCCUCUGAAGAUCCAAAGUUACCAAGCCCCUCAACACAGCUACAACUGGAGGAUAGAGAUGGUCCUGUAGUCAGCUUCUUCCCAAGGUUCUGAGAGUCUGCAGUACCUGGCAUUCAAAGCCAAGUAGUGGAGCCUCCAUUCUGAAAUCUGACCUCGCUGGUCUGGAGAAACAAAAAGAACACUGGCAUUUCUCAUACUCUCCUCCAGAACCCCUAGUCCCCAUGUGGCUGGCAGUCUCUUGGUCUGAUGCUGUUCUUUUCUACUGCCUAUGAACAGCCCAGUUGCCACCAUCAUAGCUGAGUGAAAUGGAACACACACAAAUUCAUCAGGAGGUGACUGCAUAUGGGCCAGGGCAGGCUAGGGUGGUGUCUGAGAUUCCCCAUAUCAGGCAGUGGGUCAGAUGUUUCCCUGAGGACCCUGGACACAGUCUCCCAUUCAAAGGGCCAAGAUGAAAGAUUGAUGUAGACCCAGGCAAAGUCCAGGGUUAGCUGCCUGGGAGCACCUAGAAAACAGUGUUGCCUAUGAGCAUCUAGGAAACAAUGUAAGUGUCCACCUUCACAGGACCACCCAGCCUCAUGGAGAAGCUUCAUUAUCAACUGGCCACCUUGCCCAUGUGCUGGAGAUUGAACAGAACAGCUCAGAGUGGCGAGCCCAUAUAGGUUCUGGGCAGCAGAGGGCCAGAACUGCUAUCUCAGCUCCCACAGGUAAAAGCCUCAGCAGGAGAAGAUAAAAACUUCAGAAAGCAUUUGGUCCAGACCAGGCCUGGGCAGUUGUCCCAUCAGUGUGAGAUGGGAGCUUUUGCUCUAACAUAACUUGGACUCUGUAAAUGAAAACUGGGUCACUGCCUUGCUGGUCCUCACUGUCCUAGCACAGAACCUGAACAACCUUGGGCUCCCGAGGGACAGUCCUAGGCCCUCCCAUGUAGUUCCUCAGCAGCACCCAGAAGUAUGCCAGACAAGUGGUCUUCAUUGUGUCCCUUCUUACUCCCAGAGUUUCCUCACACAGCACCUUCCUUUAGUCAGUGUUAAGUUUAACUUUGAAAAUACACCCUUCCCUCUAGAUGAUAUAUCAUCUAGCAAGGAAAGGGUAGUAACAAUUAGAUCACAAAGACUUAGUGUCUCCAUACUGUCAGUUUAAAGUGUCUAUGGAAUUCAUUGUGGCAUCUGUGUACCCUCUCAACACAGAAACUGGUUGGACUCCAACUCUUCUGCACAAAACAGAUGUGCAUUUUCCUCAGUUUCUGAUUUGAACACACAGGUAGGGUGUUUGUCUCUGUUGCACGUUUUAUGCGAUACCAAUUAGCUUUUACUAAUCAUGGAUAAAUAGAAUUCAGUAUCUAUCUGUGAAUAAAAAAAAAAACCUGCAUAGCAUGCAAACCGAGACCCAGAGCCAUGUGCUAUUAGGUGAUAGACAUACAAGAGACAGGGACGGGUUCUCUCAGGUGAUGACAACCAGGAGAUGACAUUUUUUUUCUGGAGGGGAUACCCAGGAGACAGAGACACUCUGUUGUGGGCUGAUACCCAGGAGACAAAAAAGAUACAUUCUUAUCAGGGGAAGACACUCAGGAGACAAAGACAGGUUCUCUUAAGGUGUGACAGCCAGAAAAUAAGGAGAGGUUCUGUCAGGGGCAACACUCAGGGACAUGGGUUGGAGUGACAGAGAAGUUCUGUUGCAGGUGACACUCGGGACAUGUUCUGUUGGGGGUGACACUCAGGAACAUGCUCUCUGUGGGGGUGUUAUAUACAGGGACACAUUCUGUUGGAGGUGACAUUCAGGAGAAAGGUACAGGUUGCAGGAAGAACAAUAUAGAUGGGAAUGAAGGUAGGUAGGUAGGGUGUUUGAGAACACUGACUCUAGAAGAAUUCUUAUUUAUUUCUAUUUAAUGCUAUAAGAUAAGCAACUAGUUAGUGGGAAUGUUUUACCAAAAAUCAAAGUUCAAAUUACAUGUUUAAAUAUUGUUGAAAGUCUAUAUUUAUACUGGAGUAUUUUUACACCUUUCAGUAUCCUAUCUUACAUAGGGGCAUAGGGACAUUAUGACAGAUGGAGAGAGUUCUGAAAUGGGCUGCACAGCAGCCUCUGCCACUUUCCUGCAGUCUCUUCUAGGGAGAUGACAGGUGCCUGCCCUGGGCCAAGACUCAACCUUCCCACUCCCAGAGGCCCGGGGCUGCUCCAGUUCAUUUUAAUGAAUAGUUUUACUAGCACACAGCUGUACCAGGUGUUUACAAACUGUUCUGUAGCUGCUUUGGCAUUAGAACUGGCUGAGAGGAUUCAGACAAAUGCCAUGGCACAGACACUUAUGUAUGACAUUUGCCACCUGUCCCCUUUCAGAGAAAACUGCCUGUCUGUCUGCCUGGCUAUCUCUCCAUCUGCAGACUUGUAUACUACCUGGCUACAGCAUGGGCACAUUGGGAAAGCCCCGCCAACACCUUUUAAAAUGGCAAGGGUGACAAUUUAGCUGUACUGUGAAGACAGAAUAUCCUUCCAACACUGAGCCAAACUGCUCUUCUUCACCAACAUACUACUGACCAUUCUGAACUUUACAGUUCAGGGGUGUGGCCAUCUUGGGACGCUUAAAUUAUCUCUUCCUUUAGACCUCUUAAACUAAACCAAGCCAAACAACAAAGGAAGCCUGUACAACUUAAACUUGAAAGGAAUAAUAUGCUACUACUACUAGUUUGUACUAAGUUUUUUUCAAGAAAGGGAGUUAAGUUUAUAUAUAUAUAUAUGUGAUAUAUAUUUUUACACUAUUUUAUUAAUGUUAAGGAAUAUGGAGUAUAUCACUUUAUCAGUGUGAUGGGUAAUGUUGAUGUCAUGGGUGUUCUGACUCAGAAAGGCACUUAUGCUGACAUCUAAACCACACUUGCUCAGAAUGUCUGUCAGGUCAGGAUGGCCCUCCUGUCCCUCCUAUAGAGUGCAAGGCAUCUAGUCACCUGUUGGACAUAUCAUCAUGGCCUGGCUCGUAUUGCUUUAGUGAAACAGCUUGUGUCUAUCAACAUUUUGUUCAUUGUGUUUGCUGUUAUUAACAUUGUGUGUCAAGUUGGUAAAGUGAUGAAUAAAGGUGUUAAAAUGUG